GUGACGUGAGGCUGCGUCAGACUGUUGAUGUUGUUGACUGGCCGACCGGAGACGGGAAGAAGGAGACGCGUUUUUGUUUUUGUUCAAAAACCGUCGAAAAGGAGCCGCGCCGCCGCCUCCGGGUCCAGAUUGGGUUCGUUAAGAGUCUUAUCUCGGUGAAUAGCGCGUCUGGACCGGGCUGGAGGGCGAACACACCCCGACAUUUGAUCCAGAAAGGGAGGACUCGUCACCCUCUGACCCCCUCCCUGCCUCCCUCACACAUUCACCACCAUGACGAUUCUCCCCAAGAAGAAGCCCAGCUCCGGGGUCGGGGUAUCGGACCACGCGGAUGACAGUGACCGUCGCAGCGUCUCCGACCCGCACCAGCACCCGCACGCCGGGCGGACCGGUGCGCGGCCGAGGGCUUCGCCUCCGCCGUGGUCCUACCAGCCCGCUCCGCCCUCCGCCAGGGACGACAGGCGGAGCAUCGAAGCUAGCUCCCGUCCGCAGCAGGCCUCUCCGCCGCCCGUCGGCUCCGUGUCCCCCGUGGGGCCGGGAGACGUCCGGGACAGCAGCAGUGGGAUGGGGGCCGGGUCCCGUGGUGAGCUCGUCGUAUCGGGCAGCGUCGUCGGAUGCGGCGGAGGCAUCGGCAGCUGCUGCUCCGGGCCCGGACUGAGCAAAAGACGGCGGCAGGCUGGCACCUGCUCCGGCGGGGUGGUGGCGGCUCUGGCCGGCGGGGGCCAGCCCGGUGUAGCUGGACCGGGAGGGUCCAGCCAGGACACGGAGGAAGGAGCCGGGAACAACAGCGAAGACGAGUACGAGAACGCCGCCCGGCUGCAGUCUAUGGACCCGGCUACCGUGGAGCAGCAGGAGCACUGGUUUGAAAAAGCUCUGAGGGAGAAGAAAGGCUUUGUCAUCAAGAAGAUGAAGGAGGACGGAGCGUGUCUGUUCAGAGCCGUGGCCGAUCAGGUGUAUGGAGAUCAGGACAUGCAUGAAGUGGUCAGGAAACACUGUAUGGAUUACCUGAUGAAGAACGCAGACUAUUUCUCGAGCUACGUGACAGAGGAUUUCACCACAUACAUUAACAGGAAGAGGAAAAACAACUGCCACGGAAACCACAUUGAGAUGCAGGCCAUGGCCGAGAUGUAUAACAGACCGGUGGAGGUGUAUCAGUACAGCACAGAGCCAAUCAACACGUUCCACGGCAUCCACCAGAACAACGACGAGCCCAUCAGAGUGAGCUACCACCGCAAUAUUCACUACAACUCUGUGGUGAAUCCCAACAAGGCCACGAUCGGGGUCGGACUGGGACUGCCCGCCUUCAAACCAGGGCCCCCUCAGUACGCAGACCAGUCUCUGAUGAAAUCGGCAAUCAAAACGUCGGAGGAGUCGUGGAUCGAGCAGCAGAUGCUGGAGGACAAGAAGAGAGCGACGGACUGGGAGGCUACAAACGAGGCCAUCGAGGAGCAGGUGGCCCGGGAGUCGUACCUGCAGUGGCUGCAGGACCAAGAGAAACAAGCCCGACAGCCUCGUAAGGCCAGCGCCACCUGCAGCUCGGCCACGGCAGCAGCUUCCAGCGGAUUGGACGACUGGAGCGCCCGGUCGCCGCGGCAACGGGACUCUGACCCCUCCCACUCCGACCUCACGUCCAGCUCGUCGACCAACAACAAGCCGCCCUCCCCCGCCGGAGCCGCACUCAUCCUGAGCAAACCCCCCUCACCCUGCGCCCCAGGUCCCAGUAAUCAGAGUCGUCAUCAUCUGGAGUACAGAGCCAUAAUGCAGGAGAUGUCGCCUACAGCGUUUGGUUUGACGGACUGGGAGGAUGAUGAGAUUCUGGCGUCGGUGCUGGCCGUCUCUCAGCAGGAGUACCUGGACAGCAUGAAACAGAGCACCGCCAUGCAUCGAGAGAGGGAGCCCUCACCUGACAGCAGCUGAUAAACAACUGACACACAACAACACACAGACACACACACCAACACAACCAUGACCUUUGACCCCCCUCCCCCUCGCCUCCACUAUCCCAGCCCCCUCCGCCCCCCCGGCUCUGACCCACUGAAGGAGAUCGACCAGGGGAAAAAUAAAACAUCAAACAAAUAAAUGCACACUUGUUUUUUUCUUUCAACUCAUCCGCUCAUCUCUUCCUCCAUUCUGUCGUCUCCUACUCCCUCCUUCCCUCGUCUCCUCCUCCCCUUUGUCCCACAACACCUUGCUUCCAGCCGUUUCCAAACAACCCACUCCAACCCCACUCUUUGUUUUCCAGAGGGAGCUCGGUCUUACUGCUGAUUUCAGAUAAGUUCUGAUAUUUAAACAUCAUAUUUGGCAGCUUUCAACUUCACGUUAAACUUUUAUACUUUGUUUAGUUUUUCCGAAUUGUACUGAUUAUUCUGUCUGUAGCAGGAUAUUAGCUCUGGGCCGUUGGUCUCAAAUGAGGAAAGCUAAUCCGGAAUCGGAGCUGAACUCGAACCACUACAGGUGUAGCAGUGUCCUCUCUGCUAAGCUAGCAUGUCGUGUAAGUCUAGUUGCUUACGACAUCGCUGUUAGCCUAGUGGCUGAUAGCAACAAUUUAGACUUGAUUCUCACUCCUCUUUAUAGGCGCCAACUAGCAGCCAUUUUGUGUGAGGAAUGUGAAAUCCUGCAAAUCAUGACUGAAAAAUCUGACCACUCCACAGGCGCUGAGAUCUAUCACCUGAAGUCUUACUGGGUUUAUCGCUAGAUUUCUGUCAGAUCGUUAAUUAGCUGUGUCGCUGCUAGCUGUCAAUAACUUUAUCUUUUCCUGCUCAUUCUCAUAGUUCCUGUUGGCCGACAUUAUGUAUGAGGCUAAUCAUCUUUGAGCUUAAUGUUGUCCAAGGCUAAAGAAGCUUACUCUUUUUAUUGUAACGCUAUUUCUGGUAUCACUGCCUAAAUGCUACAUUACAGUUAGCUUAGCGGCAUAGCGAUAUCAUUUUCAUGCAUCGCACAGCUCCCAGCCAUUUUGUGAGAAAUGCUAAUCUUGCUAAUCCUAACUGACAAAGACAACUACAGAAUCUGUAUCGGUGUACUGUAAGCUACAGUAGCAUGCUCUUGAGCAAGCUAGCUGUCGCCUGAAGUUUUACUACGUUUAGCGCCUUCUAAACUGGUUGUGCUGUUAAUUCUGUGGACUUACACAAAGUGGCCACCAGUUGGCGCUAUGGGAAGGGUGGGAAUGGGUGGGAAGCUUAAAGCCACACAGUUUUAGUGUUAUCAUUCGUUAACUAGUUCGUUAACUACUUUCAGCAUUUCCCACUCUUUCUCAGUCCUCUCGUUCUGGCAGCCAUUUUGAGCGAAAAGUGCUAAUUAGCGAGCAGGCUAUCACCUUGUGUCUUAUUAUAGUUUAAAGAUAGCUCCUGCUGAGGUUUGCAACCCCCCCCCCCCCCCCUAACAAGCUGUAUUUCAGUUAGCAUACCCGCUGAUAGCAAAAUCAUUUCCCCACCAUGUUCACAGCCGGCAGCCAUCUUGUUCGACCAACACACAUUUACUUUCCAUCGCGGUCUGUAACUCCUCCUCCCUCUCUCUCCUCCAUUAUGUCUUCCUCUCUCCAUCAUCAUCGUCAUCAUCAUCGGACUUAUUUAGCUGCAUGUUUAAUUGACCACGACCAAUAUCAUCAUAGAGAAAAGGCGACAAAUGAAAAAGGAGAGAAAAAAAUAGAGAAUUGUCAUACUUAUCCCCUUAAUGAUUAUUAUUGUUGUUAUUAUUAAUAAUAUAAGUUUGUUUUAUUUUAUUUUCUCAUUUGGGAUGAAAUACCUUUUUUUUUCUUGGAAUAAAAAGAGGAAAAUGUUUCUGAAUGAAAA